AUGCUUCUGGAUGCUGGACCGCAGUAUCCCGCCAUAGGAGUCACUACGUUCGGAUCGUCUCGCCACCACUCCGCGGCCGAUGUCACGGACAGAGAAGUGGGGCUGGGAAUCAACCCCUUCGCCGACGGCAUGGGCGCCUUCAAACUCAACCCCGGCGGCCACGAGCUGGCCUCGGCCGGGCAGACCGCCUUCACCUCGCAGGCUCCGGGCUACGCGGCGGCGCUGGGGCACCACCACCACCCGCCCCACGUCGGCUCCUACUCCAGCGCCGCGUUCAACUCCACCCGGGACUUUCUGUUCCGCAACCGCGGCUUCGGGGAGGCCGCGGCCGCCAGCGCCCAGCACAGCCUCUUCGCCUCCGCCGCCGGCGGCUUCGGCGGCCCGCACGGACACGGCGAUGCCGCGGGACAUAUACUUUUCCCCGGGCUGCACGAGCAAGCGGCCGGCCACGCUUCGCCCAACGUGGUGAACGGGCAGAUGCGCCUGGGCUUCUCCGGAGACAUGUACGGCCGAGCCGAGCAGUACGGCCAGGUCACCAGCCCCCGCUCCGAGCACUACGCCUCGAGCCAGCUGCACGGCUACGGCCACAUGAACAUGAACAUGGCAGCGCACCACGGGGCGGGGGCCUUCUUCCGCUACAUGCGGCAGCCCAUCAAGCAGGAACUCAUCUGUAAGUGGAUUGAGCCCGAGCAGUUGGCGAACCCCAAAAAGUCCUGCAACAAAACUUUCAGCACGAUGCACGAGCUGGUGACUCAUGUCACCGUGGAGCACGUUGGAGGACCCGAGCAGUCCAAUCACAUAUGUUUCUGGGAAGAGUGCCCGCGAGAAGGGAAACCUUUCAAGGCCAAAUACAAACUCGUAAAUCACAUCCGAGUCCACACAGGUGAAAAACCUUUCCCCUGCCCUUUCCCAGGCUGUGGCAAAGUGUUUGCCAGAUCAGAGAAUCUCAAAAUACACAAAAGAACUCACACAGGUGAAAAACCAUUUAAGUGUGAAUUCGAGGGCUGUGACAGGCGCUUUGCAAACAGCAGCGACCGCAAAAAGCACAUGCAUGUGCACACUUCCGACAAGCCCUAUCUCUGCAAAAUGUGUGACAAGUCCUACACGCACCCCAGCUCCCUCAGAAAGCACAUGAAGGUCCAUGAAUCGUCCUCGCAGGGGUCCCAGCCUUCUCCCGCCGCCAGCUCAGGCUACGAGUCCUCUACCCCUCCAACCAUCGUGUCUCCAUCCACAGAAAACCAGACCGCCAGCUCCUUAUCCCCUUCCUCCUCCGCAGUCCACCACACGUCCAGCCACAGCACGCUUACAUCAAAUUUUAACGAAUGGUACGUUUAAAACGCUAAAACAAAACAGCGAAAAAACACAAACCGAAACAAAACAAAAAAGCCCCAAGCGAGCGAAUCCAGACCCUAUUUAAAA